CGUUCCUCUACUCCACUUCCCUCGGUGACCGCGCGCCGGGAACAGUCCAGUUCAGUUCUCGUCGAACCGUCGCUCCGGCCACUAGUUACUCGUAGUUCAUAGGAAAUAAACAGACAAAACCAUGAGGGAAAUAGUGCAUCUUCAAGCUGGCCAAUGCGGGAACCAGAUUGGCGCCAAGUUCUGGGAGAUAAUCUCUGAGGAGCACGGUAUCGACCCCGCCGGCGUGUACCGCGGUACCAGCGACUUGCAGCUCGAGAGGAUCUCUGUAUACUACAAUGAGGCCUCUGUUGCGACGAAGGAGAGCGGCGGGAAGUACGUCCCCCGCGCCAUCCUGCUCGACCUUGAGCCGGGCACCAUGGACGCCGUGCGCUCCGGCGGCUACGGCCAGCUCUUCCGCCCAGACAACUUCGUCUUCGGCCAGUCCGGCGCCGGCAACAACUGGGCCAAGGGACACUACACCGAGGGCGCGGAGCUAGUAGACGCGGUCCUCGACGUCGUCCGCAAGGAGUGCGAGAACUGCGACUGCCUCCAGGGCUUCCAACUCACACACUCGCUCGGCGGCGGUACCGGCUCCGGCAUGGGCACCCUCCUUAUCUCCAAAAUCAGAGAAGAGUACCCCGACAGAAUCAUGAACACAUACUCAGUCGUCCCCUCGCCCAAAGUGUCAGAUACAGUAGUAGAACCUUACAACGCUGUGCUGUCAAUCCACCAGCUAGUCGAAAAUACCGAUGAGACAUACUGCAUAGACAACGAAGCCCUAUACGACAUCUGCUACAGAACCCUGAAGGUGCCCAAUCCGACGUACGGAGAUCUGAACCACUUAGUAUCGUUGACUAUGUCCGGAGUAACAACUUGUUUGAGGUUCCCUGGUCAGCUGAACGCCGAUUUGAGGAAGUUAGCAGUGAAUAUGGUGCCUUUCCCGCGUCUGCACUUCUUCAUGCCUGGGUUCGCGCCACUCACGUCUCGCGGCAGUCAGCAGUACCGCGCACUCACCGUGCCCGAGCUCACCCAGCAGAUGUUCGACGCCAAGAACAUGAUGGCCGCCUGCGACCCCCGCCACGGUCGCUACCUCACCGUCGCCGCCAUCUUCCGUGGCCGCAUGUCCAUGAAGGAGGUCGACGAGCAGAUGCUGUCGAUUCAAAACAAGAACAGCAGCUUCUUCGUGGAAUGGAUCCCGAACAACGUCAAAACCGCCGUCUGCGAUAUCCCUCCAAAGGGUCUGAAGAUGUCGUCGACCUUCAUUGGGAACACGACGGCGAUUCAGGAGUUGUUCAAGCGUAUUUCUGAGCAGUUCACCGCUAUGUUCAGACGCAAGGCGUUCUUGCAUUGGUACACUGGUGAGGGUAUGGAUGAGAUGGAGUUUAGCGAGGCGGAGAGCAACGUCAACGACCUGGUGUCCGAGUACCAGCAGUACCAGGAGGCUACGGCUGAGGAUGACACGGAGUUUGACCAGGAGGACAUGGAGGAGCUGCAGCAGGACGAGCAACACGAUUAGAUGAGACUGAUGCCCUGGUCGGUCUACAUGCAAUACUUAGAACUAGACUCAACAAGUAUUGACACUGCUACUAUAUUCGUGGAUGGACAGUCAGCGUGUAAACCGAACCAUUUUAUUUCUUGAUACAAUCUCGAAUUUUUUACCAAUAAUGAUAAUAUUUCAAUUCGAUUAAGUAUAUUAGUAAUACCGAAUCAAUGAAUUUUAAAUCGACUGUUAGAUCGCGAGUAAAGCACGAACUUAUUUUUGUGCAAGUUCGUAUAAACUUGUAUGGAAAUCUUUAAAGAUUGGUUCUCUUUACGCCCGCAGGGCGGCGCUGUUCGUACUUCCAUACAUUUAUAUACGAACUUAUACGAUAGGUGGUAAUAUAUUCGUGCUUUUGCUAUAGAUCUCGCAUUUAAGUUCGUCAAUGUACAAUUGAUGAGCUAUCGAAGUGCAAAUAACAUACAUAGUAUUAUACUCGUGUUUUUAAAAAGAUUUUUUACCAAAAAAUUUAAAAUCAGAAGCUAUUUAAUAAGGAACGUACCAAUCCGUGCAUUUCUUAGCUUAAGUUAUUGUAUUGUAUGCUUUUAUAUACUAAUUUAUAAAUAAAUGUUUUUAAACAAUA